AUGUUCUGGAGGGUAUAUAUUGACGGUCGCAGAACAGAGCACAUUGAACAGGCGCAAAAAAGAGACGCCAACAUCAAAGCCUCUGCAGCAAUCCCACAGACUAAUGACGAAGUGUCGCAGCCUCUGAAAAUGCCUGGCAUCACGUAUCAUGAGAUCAACUUCAACGGCUCGUCGUUUUCCCGCAUGUUGAUGUCGAAACUCUCAUGGGCCGAAUUCUUCAGGCUGGCUGGCCUGAUGCUCUUCGGCUACCGUCUGGACGCAAUCAAGAUCAUCGCUCCACAUAUGGAGGAGAUGGGUCUUGUCGGCCUCGCCACAAGCUCCAUGGACGUGUGCAAACGAGAGGUCAAGCAAGUUUUCGACGUCCUGGCGGACGAGAAGAGCUGGCCCGUCCUAGUACAUUGCACACAAGGCAAAGACCGGACAGGACUGAUUGUGAUGCUUGUGCUUUUCCUGCUCGGUGUCGACGAAGCAGCAAUCGACAAGGAUUACAGACUUUCCGAGUCAGAACUCGCACCCGAGAAGGAACAGCGCAUGAAGGAAAUCAGCUCGAUUGGCCUCACUGAGCAAUUCGCGGUGUGUCCUCCUGACGUGGUGAGCAGCGUGCAUUCGCAUAUUCAGAAGAAGUACGGUACAACAGAGCAGUAUCUAGAGUAUACUGGUGUCAGCAAGGAGGCAAUCAAUCGAGUCAAGGAGAUUUUGCUUGUGACAGGCUCGCAAUCGGACCGCUAG